AUGGCGCAAAUUAAUUCCAUGAAUGUUAACGAGCAGAUGCUAAUCAAUGGUACCGCUCCUGAAAAACUGAUGGACUCUGAAGUAAAUUCAGGACUGCUGGCCAGGUUCACAUCUACGAGUGCUGCGCAAGAUUCAAAAAUAAACUAUCCUGCCGUUUUAGGAUAUCCGCCAGUGUUGCCCCUCUAUGCAACUCAACAAGUCCCUUACAUGCCCAGUCCAAUAACUGCUGAGCUAUCCGCUUUUCCACUAUCUUUCACCAAAAUAAUGCAAACACCUGCCGCUCCACUAUUUAUUUUUACUCAACCAGUAACAUCACCUCCUUUUUUUAACCAGUCACCAGCUCCCACAAACGCACAGUUUUCCACAUCCGCGUUCAACCAAGAAAUUAUUACUAAAAACAAGAAUCUGAAUGAGGAAGUACUUGAAGCAGCGGGAUCACAAAAAUCGGAGCUGAGUCUGCCUGUCGGGCCUCAAUUCGUCGGCCUAUCAGGACAGGAAGCAACAGCAGCAGUUCUUCCUGGCCAACCAAUUUUGCCGUCACUUUCAGAUCAGGCUGCAUUGCUGUUACAGGCUGGCCAACCAAUCAUUGUGCCAGACCUGUAUGCUUCCAGUCUCCCAGAUCAGCCAGUACAAUUUACAGCAGUGCCACUGCAGACAACCUGGAUUCCGGUACCGGCACUAGGGGGAUUCGAGAACGUAAAGUCAGGUGCAGACAAAAUGACGUUUACACAGACUAUCACAUCAUCAGCAUCUACUUCAGCUGCGAUCACUGAACAGUCUGCAGUUACGCCGAAGGCUUUAAACUGGGUUCCGUCAUCCAGCCAAGCAGUAUUACCUUCAAACAGUGGAGUAAUUGAUGAAUCAAAGAUUUCCAAUGGCCCUCUGGAAUUUAGUUCCGCUCUUCCCAAUACUACUGCAAAUCCCUUGCAGCAGCAACCGACUGAACAGCAACCAGUUGAUUUGACUAAAACAAAUACUGCACAAAACGAAGCUGCACAGGUUUCGAUUCAGAACACUCCGUUUCUCGUUGGAAGUAUACUUGGACAGCCUAAGCCAAUCAACCAGGAAAAUAGCCAACCACUAGCAUCAGACAAUGUCGGAACGAUGCUGUUCCAGCAGUUACCGCAACAAAGCUCAGUAGUUCAAGGUCAGCAGGAAAUACCAGCGCAGUCCAGUGAAGCCUCCACAGCUUACGGACAGAUUCCAACUUAA